CAAGAAGGAGCUAUUUCAUCCCUUGCCAGAGCAGGCCUGCUCUUUUUUUCUGGAGCAUGCUGGAAGGGGGAAACAGGCCCCUGGGUCCACUUCUCCAUCAAAGAGGACAGCUACUAUCCAGCAAUGUGUUCCUCAGUUAAUGAGUUAUAUAAACCCUGAUGCUGAACUGGAGAUUACAUGAAGCUUCAUUGAUUUCAAGGACCAGGACAAUUACCAUGGGGGCUAGAGCUACCGAAACAGCCCGGGAACUGGAAGACACCUCUUUAAAGUACCAAAUAGGAGGACACACUGAGAAAAUGUGGCAACGGCUCAAAGGAAUAUUAAGAUGCCUGGUCAAGCAACUAGAGAAAGGUGAUGUUAAUGUGGUGGAUUUAAAAAAGAAUAUUGAAUAUGCAGCAUCUGUGUUGGAAGCAGUUUAUAUUGAUGAAACCAGUGCGCUAUUGGAAGAUACACUCAUCGGAUACUAUGGUGAUGAGUGUAGCAUUAGAACCUUUAUAGAAUAG